UGGUCCUUAAUCUCCGGGGGCACUGGGCCAUGCAAAACGAACUAUCAGUAAGGAUGACGCCACUUCCUGUCAUUCCUGCCAACGGAAGUAGUUAAUUGAGCAAAAUGGCAACCCCUUAUGUUGAAGAUCAAUCUGGGAAAUACAUUGCUGCUACACAGCGACCUGAUGGAACCUGGAGGAAGCCUCGUAGAGUGAAGGAUGGUUAUACCCCUCAGGAAGAGGUCCCAGUCUACGAGAAUAAAUUUGUUAAGUUCUUCAAGGGCAAGCCCGAUCUGCCACCAGGUAUGAGCCCCGACAAUGCGGCCCAGGCAAGGCAGCAGCAGGGGAUCCCCGGCAUUGCAGAGAACGAGACAGCUGGGCUCUCCAAGACAGCCAAGCGAAACAUGAAACGCAAGGAAAAGCGCAAGCAGCAAGGCCCGGAUAGCAAUGUGGAAUCACUAACAAAUGCUGUUGAGACUAUGACGUUUGCUGAGGACGGUGACAGUGUGACGCCUAUAUCUAACCCAGCUGGAGCUACUAAUGACCCUUCAUCUGCAUCAGCAGAAAAGGCCAAGAAGAUCAAGAACAUAAAAAAGAAGCUGAGGCAGGUUGAGGAGCUGCAGCAGAAACUGGACUCUGGGGAAAUCAAGCAAGCUACAAAAGAGCAGCAGGAGAAGAUUGGAAGGGCCAAAGCCUUACAGGACGAGUUACUGCAGCUUGAGGAGCAUUCAUGAGAUAGAAAAUGUUGUAAAAAUGGGCAGCAAACCAGUUGUGGAAGUUCGACUGUUCAAAAAUACAAACACCCAGUUCUAAAAGAAAUGGACAUUUACAGCUGCGUUGAUGAGCUUCCCUUGAACAGUUUCUGGAUAUUUGUUGAUAUCAGACAGCCAAUGAACAUGAACUUUGGCUUUUGGAAUAUCAAGUGUACAUAAACCCAAUAAGUGACAAUAAGUGAUCAUGCUUUUCCCACACUUUGUCCAAAACCAAUUACCGAACAACAAUGAGCCAGCCAGGUGUUUUCUCUUCAUUUAAAAUGUACUUUUAAAACAAUUUAACUGAUUUCUUAUGCUUGGCUAUGAACUUAUUGGCCAUUCAAUUAUAGUUGUAAUAGCAUUUAUUUGUGUACUUAGUAUGUUUGUGCAUUUUGUAUCUUUUUUUAUUUUUUAUCUUUAUCUGUCAAGAAUAGCAUAAAAUAUUAUAUAUUAGGUAAUUGCAUUAAAGAUACAAAAAUCCUCUAUUGAAAAGAAUACCUAUUUGUUGACCCAUCUCUGUACUGAAAUGAAACAUAUUUUCCCAAUGAUUGGAUUACUUCAAAUACAGUUUGAAUUUGUGUACAUAAUGAAGAGGUUCAUGGUUUACAACAUUGUAAACAACUAAUAAUGUAAAUCCCUGUGAUUACAGGGGAUAGAGAGGAUUGUGCUGUUUUUUGAUCUGAUUUCAGCAAUCAGAUAUGAUUAAAUGUUAGAAUGUGAUUCUGGUCCUCUGUAGGGAUUCGGAUUUGGUUAUCCAAUCUGACCUUUUAAUCACGAUUAAAUGUAGUUUUUCAAAGGCGA